AUGGGGUUGAGUGAUUCAUACAGAGACUUGGGGCGCAGAGAGCCACCAGAAAGAAGCUCUAUGACUGGAAACACGGACUUGGAUGGGAGUCUCAGAACUGUUGGUUCCGUGUUUUCAGGGUCUACUUCCAGCACACAAUCAAAGCUAGACCAAUCUUCGAGAGUCUCACAAAUAACAUGGAAGGGAAAACUAGCUUUUGGGCUUAUAUUGGCGGCUGUUGGACUGGCGUUUGCGUUUUCAGCUUUCUUCUUAUUCGGGGAAGGAGAAGCUGACCUUGGCGAAUUGCAGUAUGAAGCCAUGGCGGAACGAGCCAGUAUAAUAGCGCUGCAGAUUAUGGAGCGGAAACGGCUUGGACUUCUUACGCUAUCAUCAGUAAUAUCAGGGGCCAAUCCUGACGCCAGAGUUUGGCCCCAGGUGCAACUGACGAAUUUUGAAGUCAUUGCCAACAAUCUUAUGAAAACAGCAGACGACUACAAUAUGGGGUUCGCACCAUUUGUGACGCCAGAACAAGUGGAAUCAUUCGAAAAACAUUCUUAUGACUUUUACGAAACCAAUCGGUCGCCAGAACCCUUUCCUGAAGGGACAGCAAUAAGUCCGUUCGGUAAAGGCAUUUAUGCAGUCGACCCAUCAACGAGCGAACGAUUUCAUGAUACCACUGGCGAGGUGCAUUGGAACAGCCCCAAUAGGAUUCUUACACCCCUACUGCACCAUAGUGGAGGGCCAGAAAAAUACCUCUUAUCGAAUUUGCAUGCAGACGAAGCUUUAGGGUCCUUAAUUGAUGGAAUCAUUGACUGUGCCAACAGCACAUCCUCCUUGGAUGAUUGCACCAUUCUUUCGAGCAUAUCACCCAAUAUUAUUGGUUGGAAACCAUACGAUAGUGACGGUGCUUGGGGAAUCCUGCUGCAUCCUGUCUACGCACAAAGAAGCCCUGAAACUUUGUCUGGUCUAGUCCUGACGUCGCUGAGGUGGAGUGAAAUUUUCAACGGAGCCUUUGCCAAUAGUGUUUCCGGGGUUUAUGCCGUCUUGGAGGCUAAUGAUGGAUCUUCCUAUACCUAUGUAAUUCAGGAGGGACAAGCAGUGUUGCUUGGGGAGGGCGACUUGCACGAUACUGAAUACAAUGACUUUAGGCAGGAAACAAAUUUAGAGAGCAAAGACAGGGGCAAUCUCAAUUUCUUUGGCGAAGCAUCAGUUUCCUACACAUUGGUCUUGUAUCCAAGCGAGGAAUUCUUUGAUUCCUUUUCCACGGCGAAUCCCAUGCUCUCAUCAAUAGGAGUCGUCAUGAUCCUCGUAGUUACAUCGGCUCUGUUCGUUAUGUAUGACGUUUUGAUCAGACGAGAGUACCUUGUCAAGAAGGAUUUGGUGGAAGCAAAGCGGAAAUUCAUUCGCUUUGUCUCCCACGAAGUACGCACACCACUGAAUUCCGUCCACAUGGGCCUGACAGUCCUCCGCGGAGAGUUGGAAGCGAAAUAUGAAACCGACGAUGCAGGUCCUUCGGGAACGAUGGCAUCACGGAGGGCAUCGAAAAAAUUCGUCAAAACCAAGACCUUUAAGCAGCUUGUUUCAAUGGCAGAUGAGAUUGCCAUGAACUGUAACGGUGCUGUGGACAUCCUCAACGACUUCAUAAAUUUCGACAAGCUUGAAACUGACAAACUGACUUUGGAUCUGAGCAUUCUUCGACUCUUUGACCAAAUAGAGUCGAUAUCAAAGGAAUUCAAGAUGGUGGCAAAGAACAACAAGAUCAAAAUGACGAUCGUCACACCUCUUCACCCAAACCAAAGCGGAAAAGCCCCUAAAGAGUGCUUUACAGUUGGUGACUCCAUGCAGCUAACUCACGUCUUCCGCAAUCUCCUUGCAAAUGCACUGGAAACGACUCCGGAUGAUGGCAAAGUGGAAGUCGUAGCUUCUUGGCACCCAAAUUCCAUGAAAAACGCAAAACAAAACACCAAAAAUUUUGUUUUAAAAGAUGGAAAAAAGAUGAAGGUGAAGCACAAUGGGUUCAUGAACUUUGUAGUGGCUGAUACUGGCAAGGGUAUGACGCAGGCGCAAAUUCGGCGAUUGCUGCACAAGGGACUUGAUUUCAACGUUAACAGGCUUCAGGCUGGAAAUGCUAGUGGACUUGGCUUGUGGGUUGCGAAGGGGAUCGUGAUGCGACAUGGGGGGACCCUGACGGCACACUCACAUGGAGUUGGAAAAGGCUCUGUGUUCACAGUGUCACUUCCGACCUAUGACAUUGACGACCCAAAACCGAAAGGCACUGCUGCUCAGGAAUCUGUGGAGGCAAAAGAUAUCUUAGGCAUAUUGAAGGUUCUUGUCGUUGAUGAUGCGAAAAUGAAUCUGAAGCUACUCAUGCGCCUAGUUUCGAAGAAAGGACACAAGGUGGACGGAGCAGAAGAUGGUGCGAUAGCAGUCGACAAGGCUUCCAAAGCUAUGGACGAAGGCGCCGAUUUCGACGUCAUACUAAUGGAUUAUCAAAUGCCAAAUAUGGAUGGACCAACUGCUACAAGGAUUCUUCGCAGCAAGGGCUGCAAUGCUUUCAUCUGUGGUGUUACGGGGAAUGUUAUGGCUGAAGAUAUUAAACAUUUCAAGAAGUGUGGUGCCAAUGCAGUACUCCACAAGCCCGCAAAGAUGAAGGCAUUGGAAGACCUAUGGAUAGAGUACGGUGUCCGGGGAGAAUUUCCACUGGCAGAAGGUGCGCAUGAUGGAGAGAUUGAGCAAGAACCAAAAAGAGAGAUAGUCAAGCGAAAUGCGAGCGACUUGUCACUUUCGAUUUCAUCCCUUGGAAAGCACAGUCCUUCGACAAGAGUUAAUAUGGCAGGCAACGUACUCGAUGGAUCAGCAAAAACACCAGACUAUCCAUCGGGCAGAAAGACGCUAGGAACUGGCACUGGAGAGACCUCGUUUGACACCGAUUCUGAUGAUCUCUGGGCAUCGAGAAUGUCGUUGAAAUCCGGGAUCAGUUCAAUGAAAUCCAAUAUCAGUUCCGUUGUAAAUUAA